ACAUUUCUUUUCAAGCGCUUGUAAAUUGAAAUAAGAGAAUUUCUAGAAGCAGUCAUUGGAUGGUCACACACGUAUGUUCGUUGAUUUAUCUAAGUAAUCGCAUUAUUUCAAGAACGCGCAUUGCGUUGCUCACGGAUCUUCUGCUAUACCAUAUUCAGCCUACGAUUAGACCUCGCUUCAAAUGUCAUCUUUUUGACUCAUGAGACCAACUAAACAUAAAUUGAAAUGGACCCAGUAACUAUAGAGGGCGUUCUUUCGCAAUUACGGGACUUCUUGGUGCUUUGGAUUACGCAGAUUUUAUACCAUAACCGCAUAUACUCCGAGAAUGCCUUUGAAGAGAAAACAUAUCUUGAUCUCAUAGUUCACCAAAGUCGUGUCCCAGAUCUCAACGUCUUUUUCAAGAACUUUGCCAAUGAGAUGGUCUCAGUUCUCGUAAAGAAGGCAGGUGGUGGCAAGGUCCACGAUGUCAUCGUGCUUCUCUAUAACGAAACUAACUCGCAUGUUACAAGGCGGUAUAUCAUAAACUUUAGCCAGUUUGUAGGGUUGGCUGAUCAGGUAUCCUCACUUGAUUUCUUAUCGAAAUCCACUGACUCACAGCUGUCUCGUCUCGACUUACCUGAAAUGACGUGGGGAAACAUAUAUACGUAUUUACGGAGUAUGAUGUUCUUCCAUAUAGAAGAGCUCAGACGGACACAGCAAGCGAAGGACAACUGUAUAUUUUUCAAGCUCCUUCUAAAUAUGGACGACUCGGCCAAUUUAUCAUCGGAGAAUGCGAAGUGGGUUAAGUUGACCUCCGAACAAAGCCGAGCAAAAACGAAGUUCGUUUCCUUAGGAGAAAUGUCUGUGGGGUUUCUAUGCUUUGACCUUCACAACGAGUACAUCCUAUGACUUCGCCAUCUAUUCCACCAGGACGAGUGAUACCAGACAUCUCAUAUUAAAUACUAUUUUGGUAAUAUAAAAUACAUCAGUUGAGCUUGUUGUUGAGACCCAUGAAGCCCUUUAAGUUCUCGUACAUGAAAUAACUGAUAGACACUGCCGGUGCAACUUUCGCCAAGUUUGGCACCAAUCCUUUAAAUAACCCUGGAGCUCCCUCACGUU